CCACUGUCCUGAUAACCUUAGGUGGGUUAUGCCAUGCUUUGUCUGGAGUUUGUCUGCCCCAUUGUAAGACUCAGCUGCCAGCUCAAUUGGCUGCUGUACUUGGAAUGGGAUUGAAGAGGCACCGUUUUGUUUUUGUUUUUUGCUUCAAUCAGCAAAAUGUAUUAGUCUGGCUCUGCAUAUUGACUGAUAGCAAACUGUUCUUAUUGAUAAUAAUGUAACUUUUGCUGCAUUUGAAAGCCAUUUACUCUUUUCCAACUUUCAGGCUGACGACUUAUUCAUGGGGCCAGUUCAGCCUUGUUUGGAAUUUCUUCGCCAUCAUUGCAGGGUCAUGGCUAAGACAUCCCCCAUCCAUCUCACUCUUUCCAUGAACACACUGUAUAUUGCUUUGCUUGAUAAGGAUCCUGUGAGCUUCAUCUUCCCGCUUGCCCACCUCCACCUUGUUGUGCCCUAAGACUGAGGGAGCAACUGCGUUAGUUCCCCAAUCUCAUUUGUGCCCUAGAAAGAUAUGGAAAUGUCACGGAGGAAGCCCAUGUUGAGCUGCAUCCAGCUUAAUCUGCAGAGCACACUGAUUGCGAUGUCGAUUUUCUGGAUAAUUCUCUUGGUGUCAAUUUCUGGCACCAAGCAUGCUGAGGAGGAGUGCGAGAGCGACCUGGUGGAGCGAAUGCCCGCCCUGGAAGGUCCGUUUUCGGCUCUCCAUCCCCUGAAGCUGACGAAUACCUCAUUUGUCAACUGCAUAAACGAUCCACCAGGACCUGUCAUGUUGGGCAUGGAAAAUGUGAAAAAAACGCCAGAAAGAAAACCUGAUUCAACUGGAAGCGGUAGUUCCAAAAUGGUUGUAAGGCACCUGAAAUUCCUCGACUCCUUGAAGACUUCUGACAAAGAGAAUUUCCUCCCAGCUGUAAUGAAGAGAAGUAGAGAGAAGUUGUGGACUUUCAGCCAGGUGGACUUUCAGCCAUCUUUCAUAGAGCCAGCUGUAUCAUCUGCCUGCAAAGGCUUGUGCCAAGGAGUUGGAUUCAUGGAAGCGUACAACCGGGCAGCAAACGUGGUGGCCCCAAAACAUCAAGAACUCAGGAAAGAGGAAGGGUUGCACACUCUACUGGUGCAGAAGCUCAAUACGGACAGAGACGAACUAAAGAAAGUAACUGACCGCCUCCGGGACCUGAACAAUGAACUUGAAUCACUUAAUAACCGGAAGAAAGAACUUGAAAACAGCAUUGAGGAAUGCUCUCAAAAUCUGGAAAUUGCUGAAAGGAUGAGCUUGGGAGGAAAGGAGGAUAGGGGCACGGAAGCAGCAAGCUAUAAUCUUUCCAUUAUCAAGGUUUCUGACUCCACUUACGUAAGGACUUUGGAGAACGCCAUCCAGUUUGGAACCCUAGUCUUGCUUGAAAAUAUCAGCGAGGAAGAGUUGGGUGCCAUCUCAGAGCCAGUGCUGCUAAUGGCAACUUUCAAACAGCAGGGUGUAGAGUACAGGAGACUGAGAGAGAACAUUCUUGAGUACUCAAGCAAUUUCAAGUUUUUACUCAAUGGAUUUCAAGUGGAAUACUACUUGGAGGAGUCUGGCCACGUCACCAAGGAGCCCAUGUCUCUGGUUAUGUUGAAACAG